AUGCUUUACAAACAAGCUCUUGUCCAGUUUGAGGGGGUCCAUUUUGAAAGCGUAAUCGACUUGGCUGACAGGUUGCUGAAGAAAGUUCCAUACACCGACAAGGACGUCCUGAACAGUGAGUGGGCUCGCUUGACGGAGUUUGAUAGCCCAGGGCAGGCGAGGAUGUGUUAUAGUAAUACGGUUGCUAUGCGAGACCGUAGCGCUUUCGAGAAGCUUGGUAACGUGGGGAUUGAGGAGGUUGAUGGGCAGUCUAAGAUCAAUGGCGAUGGGAGGUUGAUUGUAAGUCAAAAUAAGGAGGACUGGAUUAGGAAGGAAGCGAGGAUCCGGGGUGCCUGUGUUGUUGGUGGUACCAGGAAGAACUGUGUGAAUGGGGGAAAACAUACGAUAGGGCUGGUUAAUGGAGUAUUGCUGCCGCCAGUCUUGGGGUCUUUGAGGCAGAGGAAGAAAGGGAACGAACGUCGGGAGAUGGAACAUGGUGGGAAUGAGCAAGAGGUCCUCAGAACCGCGCGUAAGAGCUACAUGGAGAGGGCCCGAAACCGCCUGAAAGCUAUGGCUCAGGGCUUGGGUAGCCUUGAUGGCACCACUUGGACUGGAGGAGUGUCGACUAUACAUGGGUCUCUUGAGGUGAAUAUGGAUGUUGAUAGCUAA